GCGGGCCUCGUCGAGAUGAGCGGUGGCAGCGGCGGGAACAGCGCCGGCAACCAGGGGAACGGCAAUGCCACCAGCUAUCACCAGCAUCAGCAGCAGCAACAGCAACAACAGCAGCAACAGCAGCAGCAGCAGCAGCAGCAGCAACAGACACAGCUGGAGCAAGCUAGCUUGCUGACAGAUCUGAACGGUAUAGACCUGGCGAUGAGCCUAUCGCCUAAACAGCACUCGUCCCACGUACAAGCCGCUGGUGGCGCUCACACCACACCGUUUAGCGUCACUGACAUUCUCUCACCCAUCGAUAACGAAUCGUUCAGGAAGCUGGAGCAGGUGAUCGGCGUCGGCGUGGUCACGCAUUCUCAGGUCUCGCCUUACGGAAACGCGUGCGGCGCCCGUGUCGGCGGUAAUACCGGUAGCUCGAGCGCGAGCAGCGGCAGUCCACCGCUCCACGGAGGCUCGACGCCCGGUGGCGGAACACCAGGACCGGUUUCCGGUCCGAACGACGCCGCCGGAGGAGGCAGCGCCGCUGCCGGCGCCGGGUCAGGCAUGACCGCCAUGGGCAAUCCUUACGCGACCAUGCAACUCACCUCCCAGUAUCAGUACUGCGCCGCCGAAUUGUCGUACCAUCACGCGGGGCCAGCGGGCGCGACCGCCACCGAUCCCAUGAGGUCCCAUCAUCCGUGGUACGCGCCCGCUCCGCCGGCCACUAACGAUCCCCGCUUCGCCAGUGAGUAUUUUUUCUCCUUCUCCUUUCCCUUCUUUUACGAUCAGUUUGGAAGUAGUUUGAAUUUAAGGCGAAAGCGUCGCGUUCUGUUCACUCAGCAGCAGGUUCACGAGCUCGAGAGGCGGUUCAAGCAGCAGAAAUACCUGAGCGCGCCUGAACGGGAACACCUAGCCGCUCUGAUUCACCUUACGCCCACUCAGGUAAAAAUAUGGUUUCAAAAUCACCGAUACAAGUGCAAGAGGCAAGCCAAGGAGAAGGCGAUGGCCGAACAGAAUGCUCAAAAUCAGAGCGCCAGUUCGCCGCGACGGGUGGCCGUGCCGGUGCUGGUGAAAGACGGGAAACCGUGCGGAAGCGGCGGCGGAAACGAGGGCAGUCGUGGCGGGCCGAGCGCGGCCUUGGCGAGUCCAGCCCCUCACAUGACCGCGGCGUCGAGCCCUCACGGCUCCCAUCACGCGGCCUCUUCGGUACCUCAUCAUUCGGUGGUCGGUGUGAACCACGUGAUAACGUCCAGCCAGAGUCUUCAGCAUUGCUCGUACUCGAGGACUGGUGCCCAACAGAGCAUGCAACAGCAACAACAACCGCAAUGCGGCGCGUACCUACCUUUCCAAGGUCGGGCCUGGUAGUACAUGCCAUCCGCGGCGGGGGCCAACCCCUCCGUCGCAGGUCCAGCUGCUUGGUACCCUUUGGAAGACAGCCCCUAGAAAAAGUCCUGUGUCGCGUAUUCCGUUUUCUGUGAAUCGUUCCCAGAACAGCUUACCUGGAUGGCUGGAUCGUUGGAAUUGAACGACGAGACUGAUCUAGAGGAUCUACUACUGUCCUUCCUUGGUGACGAAUAUUCAUCGCAGAUACUGGACAGAGACUUGGUGAAACCGUCUGCGCCGGUCAGAGGGUGCAGAUACGUUUGAUUAUUGUCCGAUAGAGAUGAAGUGAUUCGAAGAGAGACAUUGAAGGGAAGAGUAUUCUGCGUGGACCGCAGGACGGUUACUUGGAGACAGUGUUCACAGCGUGAAAAUCUUUCUCUUGUACAGCUUCAAGGUGCGAAUCACUUUGACUAUUAUUAAAUAUUUGGAUCGAUGAAAGUCGUGAUGGAUCUACAAAAAUAUUUGGAAAUAUGAAUAAUUUUCUGCGAUACAAAGUACUUACAUCAAUUUUUGUCAUUAACUUUGACAAAUUAUUAUUGUAGAAAUUCAAUUCUGUUUCCUUGUCAGCCCGAAGAUCUGUUUUACGAGAACAGUAAAGUCUUUCUAAAUUGCAAACAUUUAAAUUUCGAGGAAUAUUUAACGUGAUUCUAUCUUGGAAGAGAAAUAAAAUUUGACACAAAGACGAACGCGAACGUUAGAAGAACGUUAUUAUAUACGUACAAUUAAUACUUGUUUAUAACGAUAACGAGUUCCGCUGAAAAAAUAUCGGAUUACGUAGCUAUUUACCCAAUCAUCUAUUUUUCAUCAGCGGUUAAUCUUAUUGCAAAAAACAAA